AUGGCGGAAUCAAAACCCUCAUUUACUCUUCCUCCUAUCAAGGACAACAGCAUUGGCUGGGGACCUGCUUCGGAUGUUCUCCCAGAACAGUUCCGUGACAUCCCAUAUGCUCCCUACAGCAAGGGUGAUAAGCUCGGUCGCAUUGCUGACUGGUCCGCUCCUGAGACCCAGAAGCAAGACAACAGAGAAGUCUCUGGCCGUACCGGUAGACAAGGAUUCAACCGUUUCAACAAAGACCCAUACCAAAGUUAUGGUGCUGGUGUUUCCUCUGCUUUCAUCUACACCCACAACGAGGACGAAGCUUCCUUCUCGGUUGUCGAUAACAGAUCUGCUGCUGCUAAGAAGGCCUCUGCCAUCAAGGCUGCAGGUGGACAACGCAAUCGCCCUCAAAAGCAACAAGCCACCCGUAAUGGCCUUCGUGGACCCAACCAACGCUUCGGCAACCAGACUGGCCGUGGUGGAAGACAACAGGGUCAGAACAGAAGACGAUUUGGAUGGAAGGACUAUGAUAAGCCUCAACGUAUGCGUGAUGCUUCUGUCACAGUUGGUCCUGAAUGGAGCGUCCUUGAUGAGAUUGAAUUCAACCGAUUGGCCAAACUCACUUACAAGGCCCCUACCAGCACAGAUAUCGGCUCAUAUGGUCACAUAAACAUGUACGACAAGUCCUAUGAUCGCAUCAACACCAGAAAUGAGAAGCUUUUGCAACACAUUGAUCGCGUCAAGUACGAUACCACAACCUCUGAUGAUCCCAUUAUGCAACAGUUCAUGCAAGAAAACAAGGGAACUGUGUUCGCCACUGAUUCCAUUCUUGCUCUUUUGAUGUGCGCUCCUCGCACUGUUUAUCCUUGGGAUAUUGUCAUCACCAGAGUUGAAGACAAGGUUAUUUUGGAUAAGCGAGAUGGUGGUGCCUUUGAUUUCCUGACUGUUAAUGAGAACACCGCUGAUCCUCCUAUGGAGACUGAGAAGGAGAGCAUCAACUCACCAGGAGCCUUGUCCAGCGAAGCUACCUUCAUCAACAGCAGUUUCGCCGCUCAGGUCAUCGAUCAGAACGAGAAGAUCGAGCUUGAAAACCCUAAUCCCUUCGUCGGUGCUGAUGAAGCCGAAAACGCUGCUUCCUGCGGAUACCGCUACAAGAGCUUCGACCUUUCCAACCCUGCUACAGGUGACGAAGAGGUUGAGCCCGUCCAUUUGAUUGUCCGAACGGAAGUGGAUGCUGCUGUCAAGACUGCUGGUAGCCAGGAACCAACUUACUUGACUGUUCGUGCCCUCAAUGAAUUUGAUCCUAACGCACAGGGUGCCGGUGGUGCUCUGUCAUGGAGAAAGGCUCUUGAUUCUCAACGUGGUGCUGUUGUUGCCACUGAAAUGAAGAACAACUCUGCCAAGCUUGCUAGAUGGGCUGUUCAAGCUUUGCUCGCUGGUGCUGAGCAAAUGAAGAUUGGUUAUGUCUCCCGUGCUAGCCCCAAGGAUAGCAGCCGUCAUGUUGUUUUGGGUACUCAAGCUUACAAGCCUCGCGACUUUAUGGCCCAGAUGAACUUGUCCAUGGCUAACGGAUGGGGUAUUGUCAAGGCCGUUGUUGACAUGUGCAUGCUCCUCUCUGAAGGAAAGUAUGUCCUCGUCAAGGAUCCCAACAAGGCUAUCCUCCGUGUCUACUCUGUUCCUGAUGAUGCUUUCGAUGGAGCUGACGAAGACGAGGAAGAGGAGGAGGAAGAAGUUGAAGCAGAAGAGAAAGGUGAUGAACAAAAGAAGUCAAGCCAAUAAGUCCAUUGACAUCUCAAAGUCAUUUUCCGCAAUCCCCCAAAACUCCCUCAAAAAAUCCCUAGCACAUUCAUCUUUGUUUGUUCCUUUACAAUAAACUGCACUGGUAGAAAAAUUUUAUUCAUACUAAAA